AUUGCGUGUUUUUGAGGUAAUACGAUUUGUUAAAUUGAGUUUGAGAUGAAACAUUGCAUUCAGUGUUAGUAUUUGUCAAAGAGAAGCGAUGAAAAUUUUGCUUCCCAGUUUCUUUACCGAAAAUGGAUCUCAAUUAGUUGCAGUUGUCUUAGGUACCCUCAAUGCUAUUUCCGAUGGCAUGCAGUACGGAUGGACAGCUCCCUCUAUACCAAAACUACGAUCACCUGACAGCCCAGUAUCAAUGACGCAUUCUGAAGAAGUAUGGCUCGAAAUUUUCUAUAUGGUCGGCGGCUUCAUCGGCCUACCCUUCUCUAUCACUCUGAUUGAUUGUAUUGGAAGAAAAAAAACUAUUCUAUUUGCAUCAGUUGUUGGUAUGCUUGGAUGGAUUAGCAUUGGGAUAGCAGAUAAUGUCUACUAUCUGUAUGCUGGUAGAAUCCUGCUUGGUGUUACAGCAGACAUAGCUUUCACGGCAUCUCCUGUGUAUAUUUCUGAGAUUGCGCAUCAGGAUAUCCGAGGAUUCCUAGCAGGAUUGAUAUAUCUGAUGAUGCUAGUAGGAAUAAUUAUUAUAUACUGUAUAGGACCAUGGGUAAGCAUAUGUACCUCUUCAAUUGUUGGAUGCUCUUUACUCCUAAUUCAGCUCGUUCUAUUUCCUUUCAUGCCCGAAUCACCAUACUACCUCCUUUAUAUAAACGAGAAUGAGAGAGCAGAAAAGGUUCUUAAGUUUCUCAGGAACAACGACAACAUUUCUAAAGAAAUCGAAGAAAUCAAAGCUGCGAUUGUAAGGCAAAAAUCCGAAAAAGGCAGACCUCAAGACCUCUUUCAAAUAAAGAGCAAUAGGAAAGCUUGCCUCAUCAUGAUCUUGCUGAAUUACACCCAGCAUUUUGCAGGAGUCUCAGCUUUACUUAUGAACCUCCACACCAUACUGAAUCAGGCUGGAUCAGAAGUAAUAUCUCCAGACAUUGCAGCUAUAGUUUUUCCAUCUUUGAUGUUGAUAUCCGCCACUGUUGCUACUCUAACUGUUGAUUAUUGUGGACGGAAAAUACUUCUGCUGGUCUCAGGCGUAGUAACCACAGUCACGUUGUUGACAAUUGGAGCUUUCUUUCAGUUGAAAUCUAUGGGUUUCCCAACAGGGGAUUAUAGUUGGAUUAUAUUCGUGGCUGUUAUGUUUUACGCUGUUGGAAUUAAAUUCGGGCUAGCCAUAGUUCCAAUUGUUAUGACGGCCGAGUUGUUCCCUGCUAAAGUGAAAGGAAUGGGUAUGGCCUUAGCGGAUUUUAUAUAUAUCCUAUCAUCAAUGACAUCGGUGUAUCUUUAUCAGUGGAUCAAUUUCAAUUAUGAUUUGAGUGUUUCUUUUUUUGUGUUUAGUUUUUUGUGUGCUCUCUCUACCGGUUUGAUUCAACUUUAUGUACCGGAAACCAAAGGUAGAACACUAGAAGAAAUACAGAUGAUUCUGAAAAAUGUUAAAGGUGAAGUUCUUCAUGACACUAGACUGUAAUUUUGGAAAUGAAUUUUUUGUCACAUUUCGUUCAUUCAAUGGAACAAGAAAUCAA